CCCUCCAUCCUCCCUUGAAACACAACUAGCUAGCUCACACACAACCAACUCUUUAUCAUCAAACCCUUUCUCUCCUUCUACCAAAAUGGGCGCUCAUCGGCAUUUUCACCCAAUAACAAAAUGUACUACCCAAGGGCGAUCCAAUCAGACCGUGGCAGCUGACCUAGACGGCACGCUCUUGGUUUCUAGGAGCGCCUUUCCUUACUUCAUGCUCGUUGCUCUAGAAGCCGGGAGCCUCAUUAGGGCGUUGCUUCUCUUAUCCUCUGUUCCAUUUGUGUACUUGGUCUACCUGUUUGUGUCAGAAUCACUUGCAAUCCAGAGCUUCAUUUUUAUAUCCUUUUCGGGCCUCAAAAUUCGUGACAUUGAGCUUGUUUCCCGGUCCGUCUUGCCUAAGUUUUACUCGGAAGACGUGCAUCCGGAAACAUGGAAAGUUUUCAAUUCCUUCGGGAAGAGGUACAUAGUCACAGCUAAUCCUAGGAUCAUGGUGGAACAUUUUGCUAAGAGCUAUCUCGGGGCAGAUAAGGUUCUUGGGACGGAGUUAGAAGUGACAAAAUCGGGUCGUGCAACAGGGUUUGUUAAGAAACCAGGUGUUCUCGUCGGGGAACAUAAAAAAAUGGCGAUUGUCAAAGAAUUUGGGUCUAAUGUGCCUGAUUUAGGUCUCGGAGAUAGAGAGACUGAUCAUGACUUCAUGUCCAUAUGCAAGGAGGGGUACAUGGUACCUAGAACGGCAACUGAGCCACUUCCCAGGAACAAGCUUCUGUCUCCAAUCAUUUUUCACGAGGGUCGUCUUGUCCAAAGGCCCACACCCCUUGUUGCCUUAGUCACAUUCUUGUGGAUGCCAAUUGGCUUUGUUUUAUCAGUUAUUAGAAUUUAUUUGGACAUCCCUCUGCCUGAAAGAAUUGUGCGUUACACCUAUAUGAUGCUCGGAAUCAAGCUCAUCGUCAAGGGCACCCCUCCGCCUCCGCCAAGCCCAGGGCGCGGCGGGGUUCUAUUCGUCUGCAACCACCGCACUAUACUCGAUCCGGUUGUCACGGCGGUGGCGCUUGGCCGGAAGAUCAGCUGUGUUACGUAUAGCAUAAGUAAGUUUUCCGAGUUAAUUUCUCCUAUUAAAGCUGUUGCAUUGUCAAGGGAACGGGAAAAGGAUGCGGCAAACAUAAAGCGCUUGCUUGAAGAAGGCGACUUAGUGAUCUGCCCGGAGGGGACGACUUGCAGAGAGCCGUUUCUGCUGAGGUUCAGCGCGCUUUUUGCUGAGUUGAGUGAUAGAAUCGUGCCGGUGGCCAUUAAUACCAAACAAAGCGUGUUUUAUGGGACGACCGCUAGGGGUUACAAAGUGUUGGACCCGUAUUUUGUGUUCAUGAACCCGAGACCAACUUACGAGAUCACGUUCCUGAAUCAAUUGCCUGAAGAACUAACAGUAAAGGGUGGAAAAUCAGCAAUUGAGGUUGCGAAUUACAUUCAGAGGGUUCUUGCAGGAACCCUAGGGUUCGAGUGCACCAAUUUGACUCGCAAAGACAAGUAUAUCAUGAUGGCUGGAACAGAUGGACGAGUUCAACCCAAUAAGGACAAGGAUGAUCGUGAACACAAGAAGUGAAUUCAGAUGUUUUUACGCACGAUUAGCUAGUGGUUAUUUUCAAUUAAUUAGUACUAUAAUUAAUUCAGUCAUGAUCCAAUUCAAGAAAACAAGAUAUCAAACAAACAAACAAAAAAAGGGAAUUGAGAAAUUGACAUUAUUGUGGGUUGUGAUAAUUAAUUAAUGGUCAUGGGCCUUGAAUAUCCAUUGCUGUAUAUUUAUAUACUGUAUCUUGAAAUGUUUUAAUAAAAUUUCAACUCAUGUACCAGCUGGUUUAAAUUCAUGGAAGAAGCUGCUUUCCCGGCCA